ACACACUUCCACCGGAAGUGAAGCUGUGGUGACGCUCGCGUCGUUCGUCUUGUUUAUCUUCCUCGAGAUGAAUGCUAGUCGACUUUAUCAAUAUUUAUUGAAUUCUCAUUAAGCAGCUAUUAUUUGGACUAUGCUGAUGAGUUAUUAGGGUGUUUAUAGAGUGUGUUUGUGUCAGACAGCAGGCGUUAAUACGACUGUGUAAGGGUUUGUCGGAGUGUUUUGGCCUGUGCUUACACUCUCUUAUAUUAUUUCACACAUUAACUCUUUUAUUUCUCAGGAGUUUCGUGUCUUUAUUUGUAUUUGUGUAAUAAAUCAUGGCUGUUGUCAACGAAGGAGCUCUUAAAAAGAUGCUGAAGCAAUACAAAUACAGAGAUCUCACUGUCCGGGAGAUAACAAACGUCAUCUCUCAGUACAAAGACCUCAAACCUGUUUUGGAUGCAUACGUGUUUAAUGACGGAUCGUCCAGAGACUUGAUGAGCCUCACAGGAACUGUUCCAGUCGGUUAUAGAGGGAAUGUGUACAAUAUCCCCGUGUGCUUGUGGCUGCUGGAUACGUAUCCCUACAAUCCUCCUAUAUGUUUUGUGAAGCCCACCAGUGCGAUGAUGAUCAAGACCGGCAAACACAUCGACGCCAACGGCAAGAUCUACCUGCCCUACCUGCACGAGUGGAAACAUCCUCAGUCGGAUCUGUACGGGCUCAUCCAGGUCAUGAUUGUGGUGUUUGGUGAGGAGCCGCCCGUUUUCUCCAGACCCACCACACAACCUCCUUACCAGGCCUUCCAAGCGGCCGGACCCCCGAACCAGUCCUAUAUGCCAGGAAUGCCAGCAGUAUCUUCAUAUGGCCCCAACCCAAACCCCUGUGGUUACCCAGGUUACCCUUACCCAGGAGGCAAUGCUUAUCCUGCCACAGGCGGUCCAGCACAUUACACUUCCCAGACUCCCGUCACUACUGUGGGUCCAAGUCGUGAUGGUACCAUCGGUGAGGACACCAUCCGAGCGUCGCUGAUCUCAGCCGUGAGCGAUAAACUGCGCUGGAGAAUGAAAGAGGAGAUGGACAGAGCGCAAGCCGAGCUGGACGCCCUGAAGAGAACUGAGGAAGACCUGAAGAAAGGACACCAGAAGCUGGAAGACAUGGUGUCCCGUCUGGACCAGGAAGUGUCUGAGGUGGACAGAAACAUUGAGCUUCUCAAGAAGAAGGACGAGGAACUGAGCGAAGCUCUGGAGAAGAUGGAGAACCAGUCGGAAAACAAUGACAUUGACGACGUGAUCAUCCCAACAGCCCCGCUCUACAAACAGAUCCUGAACCUGUACGCAGAGGAGAACGCUAUAGAGGACACCAUCUUUUAUCUGGGAGAAGCCCUUCGUAGAGGAGUCAUCGACCUGGAGGUCUUCCUCAAGCAUGUGCGUCUGCUGUCCCGAAAACAGUUCCAGCUGCGAGCGCUCAUGCAGAAAGCGCGAAAGACGGCUGGACUCAGUGACCUUUACUGACCCUGCGCUCCAGCUCUGAUCACACGUGCCAGACUCGGAUCCAGUCGCUCUGUGGUAUGUCAUCGGGAGUUCAGCUGUUAAUGAUCUUUUACUUCUGUGAGAGUUUUAGCUUCUGUACCUGACUUUAUUUUCUUAAAUUGGAAAAGGCUAAAUGGGUACGAUAUUUAAACGCUAAAAGGUUAAAACUAGACCGGAGCGUUAAAUGAGACGUCAUAGACUUUGUUCCUUCUUUCAUUUGAGCUUCUCCUGUUAAACUGGCUGGCGUCUGGGUCUUUGGCUUUAGAUACUACUGUUAUUAACCGUGCAGAGUGAUAACUUUUAAAAUGUGACGUCUGCAGAAGUGUAUGAGGAAAUUGCUCUCAAAUGUGGAUAGCAACUGCUGUUUUCAUUCAGGCACACAAAGUGUUGUCAUACUCCAUAACUGUGUCAAUCUCAGGAACAUUCGCCUCAAAAUAAAGAAAAUAUAUAUUUUCUGCAGAAAAAAUGUAGGACUAUUAAUAUUGUUUACACUGUGUAAAAUAUUAAGUACAUUUAAGUACAAAUUUGGGAAAAAUAGGUACAUUUACUCCCGAAAUUUCUCAUUAAAGUAAUAGGGGGAAAAGCCAAUACUGUAAUACAGUAAUAAAAAUAAUCCAGUCUGAACAUUUUGGAUUAUUCUUUUUUUAUUAAAACCAGCAUAAAUUAAAUUUAGUAAAACAGGUCAGAUAUUUAAAAUAUUUUUAUUUUUCUGUACAAUGAGAAUUUGAGGGAAAAUGUGCUUUAUCACAAUGCAAAAAAAAAAAAAAAAAAUCUUUAUGCAAGUUUUCUUUAUGCAAAAUAUUACUAAUUCCCUUCUUUUGAUUUUGGGGUGAAAUAUGUCAUUUCUUGAUAGUUUCUGCGAGAUUCACCCAAUUAAUGGAGAACAGUGAUGACUUAUGGUUCCAUAUUUCAAUUUUAUGGCUUUUAUUUUGCUGAAUUUAUUAUUUAUCUCAUUGCAAUUGGGAACUAUUGCUGUUCCAGAUUUAUUGGUAUGUUGUUACAACUGUAUAUCUUUUUGCUGUACAUCUAAUAAUGUUUGAAAACUGAAAAGCUAUAAACUGUUGCACUGUAUUUUACAUUUUUUUUUUUUUUUUUACUUUUUAUUCUUCCAAAUGUUUAAAAACAAAUGAACAAUUCUUACCUGUUGCAUUUCAGUCAGUUGUUUUAAUGCACUUUUGGGAUGUGAAUUAGAUUUUUAAGACUUGAGUUGCAGUUUCUUAGUGAGACCUCACCCCCUUAUCUGCUAAUAUUUGUCUUAUUUGUACCAGGCUGUAGAUUAUGAUGUUGGGCAGAUCAAUAAAAGAACGUGAUCUUGAAUCAUGA